AUGAAUACCGGCACUACGCAAAGAGCCCCCAAGACCCCGAAACCAACCGCCUCCGUGCCAAUUGUUCAAAAUAAACGCUGGCCCCCUAUGGCAAACCGAAAUGCUCUUCCUUACAAGCUCACACACCUGUCGAAAGAAAAGCUCGCCCGUGAAGCUACCGCACCAGACCCCGACCUUCGCCGUUGCGUGGCUCACUUCCGCCUGCACUGUGGUUCCGUCUCAUGGACCGAGAAUGACAUGAAGUCUCGUAUCAGCUCAUUUGAUUUCGAAGACACCGACGAGGAAGACGAUGUGGAUGAGAUCAAUACAGAACUGCCUGUCCUUAAGAACAGAGCUGCGGCCAACGAGACUCCAGUCGAAAUCACAGAACAAAUCUCAAUUAAAACAGAGCCUGUCGCUGUUGCAGCAACACCAACAUCACCAACAUCCCCUGAAACUUCCUCCGAGCAUGGUUUUUUGGAAAAGGGUCGCAAUUGUCUUGAGGCGACCUCCAAACACCUAUGGACAGGGGGAUCUUGCAUGGUUUCUCCAAUCGCGGGUUGA